AAUGACAGCUCACGACACAAGAUUGUUAUGAUUAUUCUCGAGUAUUUAGUUUGCGCAGUGUUGCUCCGUGUGUAUUUGCAUUGAAAAUAGUGUUGAUAAUGGAAAAUGGAUGGGAUUUGAUGGUGGCAAAGAUUGUCCGGGUUUACAACCUAACCAGUGUUAUCCAGAAAUAUUGCGGAGAAGUCGAAACCAUUCGUAAAUUACAAACUAUUCCCGAAGUUAGAAAAGCAUGCCGAUCCUGGUUGAAAAAGCUUCCCUCCGUUCGCGGUAAUGAUGAGGAAAAAUCUCAUCUGUAUCGCGAAAACGGAAAUGAGAUUUUUCGCGGGAGGAAGGGCCCCCAUGUGGCACUGGAGGCAUACAGUAAGGCCAUUUUUGCGGCGCCCCGCAAUUCAACUGCAUUGGCCAUGGCUCAUGCUAACCGUGCUAUUGUGCUGAUGAGUUUGAAACGAUUCCGUGAGGCUUACGAAGACUGCCAGCUGGCACUGGAGGGUGCCUAUCCAGAAGAAAACCAGCUUCGGGUACUUUUCCGUCAAGCAGAAUGCGCUCUUCAGAUACGCGAUCGAGAGGGACUGGAGAGAGCCUUGGAAGAAAUUGGGAAAAUUUCGGACGAACGGGACCUGGCCACUUUUGAAGAUGAAAGAUAUAAAAGACUACAACAGCUGGCAGGACUCAUAGCUAUAUCAGAAGUGCCGCCGGAUACUACUGAUGCGGUACUAGUUUUGCCACAGAUUGAAGAGAAAACAUCUGAUGAUUUCGGAAGGUACAUGGUUGCAAAAGAAGAUAUUAAGCAGAACUCUCCUAUUGUGCAGGAAAAGGCUGCUUCAUUUGUUCCAGUAUAUGAUCCUAGAGGUCGCUCUGAGCUUCCUCCCUUUGAUUGCCAGUACUGCGGUGAUGUUAAUAUCAUUCCAUUUCCUUGUGCAACCUGCGGAAGAGCAUGCUAUUGUAGCAUAGUAUGUCGUCAAAAACACAUUCCUGUGCAUCAAUACGAGUGCCCUGGCUAUGAAAAACAUUUGUGGUAUCUUAUAGGUAUUGCACAUUUAGGGAUUCGUAGUUUUCUUGAUGGAUUCCAGAGUAGCAUGCAGAAACUUAGCACAUCAGACGAAUGCACACCAGAGGUGUUGUUCAGCGAUGUUCUCGAUACAGCUGAAGCACAACAUGAGAGCUAUCACUACGGAAAGGUUCUCAGGUUAGUGACGAAUUUCGACAAGUUAGCGCUGUCCGAUAUGGUCCAAUAUUCGUUGACUGCCUACAUGCUUUCAUUAUAUUUGAGUGAGUUUACCGAUUUUUUCAAAACGUUGGGAGAAAAAUCCAGUAUCAUGUCGAAGGAUAACUGGAUAAUAUAUGUCGGAAGUGUUAUUUUUCGACAUAUUGGACAAUUGGUGUGUAAUGGACAUGCAAUCAGUGAGUUGCGUGGAAUAACUGCUUCCGAGAACAACUGCUUAGAGACGGAUAGUUUUAACAUUAGAGCAGGAUUUUUGCAUAGAUACUACGAAAGCACGCGUGUAUUUACCGGGAUAUUUCCGCAAAUAAGUAUGUUUAACCACUCUUGUGAACCGAAUAUCCGAAACUCUUUCAAUAAGAAUAUGCUGACAGUCUAUGCAACGCGAGAUAUAGAACCAGGAGGUGAGAUUUUCAAUUGCUAUGGACCGAACUGCAAAUUGAUGAACAAGGAAGAUCGUAAUUCCGCACUAAAGCAGCAGUAUUGUUUCGAAUGUAAAUGUGUCCGUUGUGUUUCUGGCAAAGAUGAUGAAUAUGAGAGGUACGAACACUUCAAAUGCCCUUUCUCCAAAUGUUCCAAAUAUUUUUUGGUGAAACAGAACGUUGAUCCUUUCGAAAAAGAUAUAAAAUGUCCCCUGUGUAGACGAAUCAUCGAUUGCUCUUGCUUCCAACUGAUUGCAAGUGGGAUGUCCAAUGAGCAGGAAAGUUGUUACGAAGACUUCGAAGAUGCCAUAAAUGCAUACAAAAAAUGUUCAUUAGUUUUAUCGGAAUUUCACGAAACAAAGAUUACACUUGCUCAUAUGAUUUUUAUUCAGUAUUUACCGUUUUCCGGGUUGGAUGAAAGGUGUCUGAAAGCGUUAAAGAAAUUGGCACAAGAGUUUAUACAUAUACGUGAAAAUCGCUUCGGCAAAAUGAGCCCUGAAUACGUUGUUGCCUGUUUCUACUUGAUGGAUCUACUUGUGAUCGAAUCGAAAUGUGAGGGUGAGUUCAGUUUGGAUCAGACAUCAGCGGAAAUCUUAACUGAUUUCAAGAAAGCAAUCGAAAUUUUCGGAAUCAGCACCAGAACGAAAAUUUUAAAUUAUUUGAAAGUGAAUUUAGGUUAAUUAUUUCCUCGUCAAUUGAAAAGUUUACGAAUAAAAUUUAAAAAAUACUAUUCAUAUUGUUCUUCCUAGCUAUAUUGUACUACGCUCAUCAUUGGCUACAAAUCAAAGUGUGCAUUUAAUAUACUGCCCAUAAUCUCAAGUCAGUCCCAUGUUCUAUGGAAUUCCACUAUUACAUGAGACUGAUUUUCGAUUAUAGACAGAACAGUUCUCGUAAUAUUUCCAUCGCAUUGGUUUUUUUAGUUUUUCCCAUUAUUUCCCUUGUAUAUAGUUUUAUACUCAGGUUGUCUUGUGCAGAAAGGAAUAUAAUUUUUAGUAAUAUGAUUGAAUUUAUAUGAUAAAUAGAUAGAUGGAAAUUUUCGUUUAUUCAAUUAUUCAAUUAUAUUAGCACUUAUCUUCAUCAUACAAUUAAGAUUGAGUGCGGGCGAAUAUGAAAUUGUGUUCUAAUAAUGUAACUGAAUUCUAGUUUUCAAUUUGAGUUAUGCACGAAAUAAUUUUAUGAGGUUAAUAGGUGUUUAUCCAGUCGAAAAUAAAAAGACGAAUACGAUUAGGUAUAGUGAAUUAUUGUCAAAAUUAGUCUAUACUGACUAAACAAUCAACGGUCGAAUAUGUAAUUACAAUAAACAAUUAUGGUAGCCAA